AAAUGAAACCGAAACUAAAAUCGGGGUUUCAGGAGAGCGGGAGAGCUACAGAGAUCAACUUAAGAGGGCAGGCAACUACUGAAAGUUUCUUUCAGUAAAUAGGAGCCGGAGUUAGACAUGUGGAAAUACAAUCCAUGGAUGCUCCUCCCCAUCAUGUUCUGGGUUCUCACAACAGUAGGGCUUUGGGUUGUGUACUUUAUUGCCGUUGAGGAUGGAAAAAUAGCAUCACUUAGUUCAGAAUACAAUGCAUCAGGAUCAUUGCGCCCCCCAUAUAUCAGCAUUGCAGGCAACGCCCCGCCAGCCAGCUGCUACUUCAGCCAAAUCAUGAAUAUGGCCGCAUUUGCAGCGUUCGCCAUCGGUGUCCUCCGGUACCUGCAGCUGAAGCCCAAGCUUCAGACGCCGUGGAUGAACAUCAUUUGCCUGGUGGCCCAAUCACUGGCCUGCUUCGGGAUGAUGCUAGUGGGGAACUUCCAGCUUUCCAGUAAUGCCUGGGUGCAUAAUCUGGGCACUUUGACAACCUUCUGCCUGGGGAUAAUGUACUGCUGGGUCCAGUCGGUCCUGACCUUGAAGGUCAACUUCAGGAAUGAGGGCUGGAGGGUCGGGAUCGCCCGGUUUCUGCUCUCUGGGGCCAUUAGCUUCUGCAUGCUGCUGUAUACUGUGUUGAAGAUUCAGCGUCUGCACACACAUGCUGCCCGGGUGCAGUGGGCCCUGGUCAUGUCUCUCCUGGGCUUCAUAAGCUCCUUCGCCAUCGAGUUUCGUCACUAUCACUCAGGGUCGUCUGAAGCCCCAACGGGAGCCGCCUCUGAGCAGGAAGCAGAUCUUCUCUGAAAUCUCCGGCUUCCAGCUGUAGGGCUGCCUUCUGCAGAACAUCCAUGUCAUACUGCCUCCUGGGUGUCCCAUCGGCCAACAUGUGUCAUAUAUAUCAUAUAUGUCAUAUAUAAACGUUAUAGACCAUGCUUUGUUAGGCCACCCAAACAGUUCUUCUCACUGCAUAUGGGAAGGGAAACCACAGCUUCAGGUAUGCAGUCAGCAGUGUGAUUUAAUAAGGUAAGCUGAGAUUUGGGUUUAAAAAGCUAUGCAGAAUAUCAGCUUCUUAUAAUUUUUCAUAAGUCAAUAACAUUAUGCCUUCAUGUGUUUAUGUAGGGAAACAUCAUCUUGGGGCAGGCAAAAUUUAGUUUAUAUUUGCAUUAAAUGAUUUGUUUAUCAGGGGGCGGCUUGGUGGUGCAGUGGUUAGCACUGUUGCCUCACACUUCUGGGUCCUGGGUUCGAGUCUCCACCUGGGUCACAUGUGUGUGAAGUUUGCAUGUUCUCCCCAUGUUGUCGUGGGGUUUCCUCCGGGUACUCCGGUUUCCCCCCAUAGUCCAAAGACAUGCUAAGCUAAAUUGCCCGUAGGAGUGCAUGUGUGAGUGAAUGGUGUGUGAGUGUGCCCUGCGACGGGCUGGCCCCCCAUCCUGGGUUGUUCCCUGUCUCGUGUCCAUUGCUUCCGGGAUAGGCUCCGGACCCCCCACAACCCAGUAGGAUAAAUGGCUUGGAAAAUGGAUGGAUGGAUGGAUGGAUGGGUUUGUUUAUCAUUGUUUUCAUGCAGAAUAUCCCUUUUUUGGUUCAUAUUCUUAUCAUACUCAAUGCCACUACAACACUGAAUACAGAGUAUUACAAAUGUAUUAAUGCAAAUAUACCAUUUAAUGCUUAGUAGUUGAAUUGGAUAAUUUCCAACUUGCCAUUUUUUAUAUCAAAAAUGUUUGGAAAAUAUG